AUGCCUUCUAUUAAGAAGAAAGUGGUGGUCGUCGGCGACGGCGAGAGCGGUAAGACAUGUCUUUUGCGCGUGUUUUUCGAGGACAUUUUCCCAGAGGUGUACGUGCCAACGGUGUUCGACUACUAUUCGACUUUCAUCGAAGUGGACGGGAAAAAGGUAGAGCUCGACCUAUGGGACACUGCCGGCCAAGAGGAUUACGAUAGAUUGCGACCGUUGUCAUACGGAGGCGCGGACGUGGUGAUCAUAUGCUAUUCGAUCGACACUCCCAAAUCGUUGAUCAACGUGAUUGACAAAUGGGUGCCGGAAGUGCGGUAUUUUUGCAAGGAGGUGCCGGUGGUAUUGGUGGGCAACAAGAAAGACCUCCGCGACAAUCAUCCGAACAUUGAUCUGCCGCAGUCGGAUCCGCUCAUCGACAAGUGUUACGUAACUGACGUGAAAGUCACAGACGGACAGACGAUUGCUGCAGAAAACGAUACGGUUGUAAAUGUGGACCUGAAGCAGGAGGGCGAGAUUGAAGUGUGCCGAUUUCCGGCGGACGAACAAUUUACACUGGAAUCUGACGGGAAACCGGAUGAAACGGAAACGGUCGAAGAUGAGCUGCCGGUUCAUGCGACGUCGGACGUUUGCGGAGACGCGAUAGAAGCAGAACAAGAAAACUUAGACGUAUUGAAAAUUGACGAAAAAACUAUUAUCAGACUAGAGCCGGAAAAAUCAGUAGCAACCACAGAAAAUCACAAUCCGGAUACACCGAUGAAAACUACCGUCAGGAUACCGGAACACAAUACCAUGACUACUAAAGAGGUUGGCCAAUCAGUGGCCGAUGACAUAAAGGCUUUCGCGUUUUUAGAGUGUUCGUCGAAAACCAAAGAAGGAGUCCGUGAUGUUUUCGUUGCCACGGUGAAGGCGUCGAGACGGACUUCCAAACAUGGUACCCAGUGUGUGUUACUUUAA